CUGCCUCACUCCAGUCUCCAGUAUGUAAACAUCUCACUGGUUUGUUGUGUACAUACGUGUGUAUCUAGGACAUAUAUAUAGGUCAAAAUUUUCGUUAGUUUUCUUUCAGUAUAAUUUAAAAAUAUAUAAAAAUAAAAAAAAUUACGUCCAUUAUACAUCUCGAGCCCAUAAUGAAGAAUGAUGAAAUGCCACAUAAUAUGGAAGAACAAAAUUCCCAGACGACAUGCGAGAAUAGUACAUCCAAUAUAGGACCAAUAAUGCAACCUCAGAAUGGUUCCUCAUUUCUCAUAGUUUUAACAUUUGCAUGUGAAGCCCUCAUAGCAUGUGCAAAACAACUUGAUAUAAUGGAUGAAGAAUAUGGUGAUAGAAAUUAUGGUACUAUACUUGCACAUAGUGCCAAUGCCAUAAAAUUAGCGAUUAAGGAAGGGAGGAUUUUAGCAACAAGACCUUUUCAAACAUUUACACAAAUAAGCCAUAUUAUUGAAAAAGAAACGAAUAGCUCAGAAGGUGGAAUAUACUCGUUAUUUUUUGAUACUGCUGCUAAAAGCUUUCUUAAGUUUCAAAAUAAUGAGCAAAUGACUGCCAAUAUGUGGUUAACUGCUCUAACAUCUGCAAACAAAAUGCUAUCUGAGGUUAGUGGAACAUCAAUUGGUGAUCGAACCAUGUUGGAUGCUUUGAUAUCUGUGGAAAAUAAAUUAAGAGAUGCAUUAAAUUCUGGUUCAAAUGCUGUCAAUGCAUUUGGGGAAGCUGUCAAAGCUGCCGAAAGUUUUGCUAUGCAAACUGUGCAUACGUCAGGAUCUGAUCGCACUACGUUCAAAUAUCCAGAUCCUGGAGCACAUGCUGUGGGCAUAUGGAUGAGAGCUGCUUAUGAAGGUGUCAAAUUAAAAUUUGGUUAUGAAUUUGAUGUAUAAAAGAGAAAAAAAUUUUUCUUUUA